CACAUCGCGCAGUGCCGCUGCGGACCCCGCGCCGGUAGCAUGUCUUCCGCGGUCUACAUCGGCAGCCACUGCUCGUCGGCUGCGGCCGACGGCGCCUCCGACGGCUACCACAGCCCCGUGUCCAGCCCGGACAGUCUGUACGCGUCUUCGUUCACUUCGACGCCCAGCCCCACCUGCGUCAACAACCCCGUCACCACGUACCCGUUCGUGUCGGGAAAAUUUCAGCAAGGAGGCGGGAACGUCGGAGCGGAGGAUUCUAGUUACUGUCACCGGAGCUGUACAGGCGGAGACAAUGGCGUCGGUUUAAUGUCUAACUUCCAAGACGACGGUUUCUGGCAGUACCCGUUGUACGGAAGCGACGGAGACUUCAACGAGCGGUUGGAAGAGUAUCACGACGACUUUUUCGACAACCACCGCAACAACCCCAGUCAGUACCACCAGCACAACCAGUCGCACCGGAGCAGUCAUUGCGCUGAAAAUAAUAACCAGUACCAUCACCAGAACGUUCAGCACCAUCAUAGUCACCAGCAAUCAGCGCCCAUACCUCCGAGUCCAGCUGUCACGCAAAAGUUCGAUGAUGUGGCCAAGCAGGGAGCGUCACUGACGCAAUACCCCGCUGCUCAGUACAGCAUCAGCACCAAAAGGUCCGCGUCUCUGCAAAAGACGCCUGUCAGUCAAACCCAACACCACAACCAGCACAGUCAUCACAACCACCACCACCACCACAGUCAUCACCACCACGGUCCUACGGGACUUGAGAUAAUGCGGAAACGGCGGCUUGCAGCGAACGCCAGGGAGCGCCGCCGGAUGAACAGUCUCAACGACGCCUUCGACCGUCUGCGCGAUGUUGUGCCGUCGCUAGGCAACGACCGGAAGCUGUCCAAGUUCGAGACGCUGCAGAUGGCGCAGACGUACAUCGCGGCGCUCUACGAGCUGCUGCAGCGCGAGUGAAGAGCAGCGUCGCGGCUGAGUGCAUAGCUACCACGCGUUGACGUAGCCAACGCUACCGACAACGUGGGUACGGAGCUCUCGCAUCGGUGCAAUACAUCGUAGCGCCCGCUGCCUGUGCUCUUCCUGUCACCGUUCCUAACUGGUAACUGUUACUCCUGUAAUACAGUGGAUUUACUUUGUGUUUUCUCAGCAGUAAGUGACAACAAGUACUGCUUUUAGUUUUGUAAGAAAGUAGUCCAGAAAGUGCUACGGAAGGCAGUGCAAUGUGAGUUUCCACUUUUUUUCUGUUCAAGUAUUUUGGUAUUUAUGAGUGAUACCUGCUGUCGGAAAACGAUAGUAAUGGGAAAGCAUAAACAUUACUGUAAUUCUUUGCGACAUUUCGAACAUCCCAUGUAGUUUGAAAGUCAUCAUUGAAAAGUUUAUGUCAGUAGACACAGUUCGUAAACAUAUCUACUUCCGUAAAUAUUACGAAACCAUCAUCUAAAAUCCGAGUUUUCGAAGAAAAGUAACUUCCUCCACUUUAAUCAAUAAAAUAACACCUAUUAUUUUUCAAAAUAUUUGCAUUUACAUUCGACAUUAGUUAACGAUUUCGAAUAUUUUCUACACAUACAGUAAUAGCUCGUUGAACUUUAAAUUUGUUGUCAUAAUUGAGAAAUGUCUUCAUUCCUUUGCUACAGAUUUCUAUUCCUGUCUUUUUAAAUUUUGUUAGUGAAUAAAUGCACAGCUUGUCUCAUGAACUUUUUAAUGGCGGAACUGUCAAAC